CUUUUUGUACAACAACCAAAUAGUAUUCCAAUAACAAAUAUAAAAGUUGCUUAAAGCACAAUAGUUUUGCAGAAUGUCUUUUAAGAUGUGCAUGUUUAUUGCCACUAUUGCUUUGUUCAUUCCUUCAAUUCUGGCUACAGAUUUUAUUGUUGGUGAUGAGACUGGUUGGACUACCAAUUUUGAUUACCAAGCUUGGGCGGAGAGAAACCAAUUCCAUGUUGGAGACAGACUUGUUUUCAGGUAUAAACCAGGAUCACACAAUGUGUUGAGAGUAGAUGGAAAUGGAUUCCAACAAUGUAUGUCCGCUAAUGGCACAGUAGCCUUGACGACAGGAGAAGAUAUAAUCUCGCUCGCCACUCCUGGAAAGAAAUGGUACAUUUGUGGUGUGCCUAAUCAUUGUGAGCCUGGCAACAUGAAACUUACUAUUACUGUAUUGCCUCAGUUGGGAUCUCCGGCGGUUUCACCUUCUCCUACUCAAAACCCAGAUUCAGCAUCAGCAGCACCAAGCACCAUUGUUAUAUCUGGGUGUCAUUUUGCCAUUGCUAGCUUAAUUCUUGCUAUGAUCAUGGUUUAAUGUUGCCGAAGGAAUUUUAUUUUAUUAAUUGUGGGUUGAGUGUAUUUUCUAUUUUUCUUAAAUUCAUCUGGAUUUAAAACUUUUGGGCUGUAAUAGUAUUUGGUUCAUUGAUAAGAAAGUAUUACCAU